CUUGCGGGUAAGAGUAUCUAAGCAGGAAGGAGAAUCGCCUCAGAAACAGAAGGAAUGGGUGGAUGUGUAGCCUUGACUCUCAUAUGGCUGCUGGUGGUGCCCUCUGGAGCCCAGGUCCGCCAUCCCCUUCCAGUGUUGUGGAUCACACCUCACACCGGCCGGCCAGGACUAGAGAACCUCACCGCUACGGUGCUGCCAGCCGUCCAGAUAGCUCUGCAGGACCUCAGCACGCAGCCUCCACCUCUCAGAAACUAUGAAAUUCAAUUUGACGUUAUCGAUUCUGAGUGUGACAGUGCCAAAGGACUUAAAGCCUUCUUUGAUGCCAUAUGGAAUGGGACCAAGUACUCAAUGGUUUUUGGAGGUGUGUGUCCAUCUGUGACCUCCACAAUUGCACAAUCUGUGCAGAAUUGGAAUCUUGUGCAGCUGUCGUUUGCUGCCAGCGCAGCUGUUUUAGCUGACAGGGAGAGGUACCCCAACUUCUUCUGCACCAUCCCCUCAGACGCCGCCGUGAGCCGGUCUGUGGUGCGGAUCCUCUCUCAGUACAGGUGGAGCAGGGUGGGCAUCCUCACGGACGGACAGAACAUCUUAGAGAAAGAUCUGACUACAAAACUCAGGGAAGCUAAAAUUGAUGUGGCAAUCAUUGAAAGACUCUCUAACAGUCCCUGCAUCCAUUUAAAAAAGCUUAAGGACAAUGAUGUACGGAUAAUUAUUGGUCUUUUUGAUGAAAAGUUGGCUUCCAAAGUAUUUUGCUGCGUUCACAACCUCAACAUGUUUGGCAGGAAGUACCAGUGGAUUUUACCAAGUGGGUACAAACAGGGGUGGUGGGAGGACUCCAACAUCUCCACAUGUUCCUCAAAGAGUCUGCUGAUAGCAAUAGAAGGCUACAUCAGUGUGGACCUCAAACAUUUGAGCGACCGACAAAUAAAAGGCAUUUCAGGAAGGACCCCACAGGAGUAUGAGGGGGAAUACAAACAGCAGCUAUGGCAGCAACGGUUGGUGGGCAGCAAAUUGCAUGGAUUUGCCUACGACGGAGUUUGGGCGAUUGCACUAGCAUUAACCCAGGUGAUGGAGUCUAUAAAGCACAGAGAGAGACACAACAUCCACCGGAACUUCACAGUCAGCAACACAGAGCUGGAGCAAAUGGUCUUGCAUUCCAUGAAGCAACUUCAAUUUGAAGGAGUCACAGGUCCUGUUUUUUUCAGAAACGGACAGCGAAUGGGAAGUCUCAAGUUAAGCCAGCUUCAAGGGGGCCAAGAGGUUGAAGUGGGACUGUAUAACACCAGUACUGAAGUCCUACAGCUGACCCGCAGAAUGAGGUUUCAAGGAGCCGGUCCAGCCAGAGACCGUACCACAGUCCGUCUACUCAGGAAGGGAGUCAGCCUGCCUCUCUAUAGCAUCCUGUCAGCCACCACAGGCUUAGCCAUUAUCACAGCUAUCGGGUUCUUCUGCCUCAACAUCAAGAACCGCAACCACAGGUUAAUGAAGACCUCUGGGCUGUUCCUGGACAACCUUAUCUUCCUGGGGACAAUACUGUCCUUCACCUUCAUCUUCCUUUUCGGCCUUGAUAGAUCCCUGGUCUCAGACCACGAUUUGCAGAUCCUCUGCUCUGUGAGGACAUGGUUUCUGUCCAUAGGACACAGCAUUACCUUUGCAGCUUUAUUAGCCAAAAUCUGGAGAGUAUACAUGAAUAUGGAAAUGAACAAGAGCUCCAAGGCCAGAGAUCCAGUAAAGGUGGUUGGCAUGCUGCUGUUUGCGGAUUUGGCCAUACUGACCUGCUGGCAGGUUGUGGACCCACUCAGGCACACAGAGUCAGAGUCAGGCUGGGAGACUGAUCCAAGUGAUGAGGACAUUGUAAUAAGGCCUUUUAUAACGUGCUGUGAAAGUAGAAGAAUGAAUUUAUGGCUCACCAUCAUGUAUGCUUACAAAGGGCCUGUGAUGCUACUGGGGUGUUUUCUCGCCUGGAGCACCAGGAAGGUGCAGGAGCCUCCCUUGAAUGAUAGCGUGUACCUGGCAGGCAGCGUUCUCAUCUUGACAGUGCUGUGUGUGUGCGGAGUGUCUGGCUACCAUUUGACCAGCCACCAACCCGGUGUGCAGUUCUGCGUUCUCGCUGUCGCCAUCCUGCUCUGCAACACCUCCAUCAUCUGUCUGCUGUUCUUGCCAAAGAUUCUUCAUAUUAGGAACAGUCCUGUUGAAGCCAGCCAAACCACAGGGGUCCAGUCCCCACCCAAACAGAAGGAGUCAGGGAGUUGUACAGUCACUGACCAAGACCGGACCAGAGACCUCCAGACCACUGACGAAAACGAGACUGCUUCUCUGCUGGACAAUCUGCAAAUUGAAAACCAGCACCUCUGCGGGCAAAUAACACAGCUUGAUGCAGAGUUAAAUAUACUGGCUGUGCAAUUACAAGAGAAUCCUGAACAGGAGCCUAGCCCACAGGAUGCUCAUAUGGCCCAGAGAGGAAGUAGUGGCUACUUCAGAGAGACCUCAGGAGAGGGUAGAUCACUGGUACAGCUGGAGCAGCAAGACCCGAACCAGGAGGAUGUGUUUCAGUCGCUCCCUGACAUCAACUCACCUGAACACGUCCAACGAAGAAUGUCUGUCCAGCUGCCUAUUCUGCAUCACGCCUACCUUCCUGUCAUUGGAGGAGUCAAUGCUAGCUGCUCCAGUCUUCUGAGCCAAGCCUAAUGCCCUGUUGUUGUCAAUAUUAUGAUCAAUGUUAUUACCAAAAUGAUUAUGAUGAACUCUGAAGCUCAAAAUAUUUCAACACAAUGUAAGUGAAUAGUUGCACAGGUUCGGCCUGUCAUUAUACUUUACAUUUAUAACAACCAUCACAUGUAAUUAAAAGCACAUUAAUGGUCUGAGGAAUAAACAGUACCCCAACCUCUUUUUAA